AUCCACCAUCGUCCAUCGGCCCAAGUUAAUCCAUCCUAUGGCAUCUGCCAUGACACCACCACAACAGGCAAUGACUACACCUGUGUCGCCAAGGUUACAACCAGACUGAGCACGUUGCGUUUGUCGGGAACGUGACGACGGAGAUCCCGACGUACGUGAAGAGGCUGCAGGACCUCGGCAUCAACAAAAUCCUCGUAAACAAUCUUCACCCUCUCGGGUGCACGCCAUAGCAGGUCAGGCCGAGUAACCACACCAGUGCACCAGCUUCCCCAACAUAGGCGCCAGUAUCCACAACAGCGAAGCUAGCAGGAGGAUGGAGAACGUCAAGGUCGUCGACCUCAACACCGCCUUCUCCAAAAUCGUCGAUGAACAGAGCCCCGGGUCGGAGCCGUCGAAGCGCUUCAAGUACAAGCUGAAGCCGUGCUGCGAGAGCUCGGAUGCGGAUGGUUUCUGCGGAGAGUGGGGCGAGGACGAGCAUGUUCGGCUGUUCACGCUGUGCAAGGACCCGAGCAAGCAUUUCUACUGGGACGAUGUGCACCCCACGCAGGCCGGAUGGAAGGCUGUCAUGGACCAGAUCAAAGUUAGAUCCAGUAGUUCCUCGACGUCUUCUGGUUGUUGUGUCGUUUGUUAGUUGUGGUUUGGAAAUCUGCGGAUGGUCACUUUCGAGCGUCGUUUAGGUUGGUUGUUUUUGG